UGAGUACUACACACAGAACUACACUGAGUACUACAGUCUCUGCUCUGAUGUUCUCCUGUUGGUCUCCAGACUUCGUGUUGUGGAUGGACUCCUCUGGUCGGGUUCUACCGAUCAGAACCGGAGCCGGUCUGGUUCCUCCGUCCUGCGUUGCCGUGGCGACGUCCAAGUCAGCCGAUGAAGCGGUUACCGUGGUGACUGCAGAGUUCCAGAAGUUCUCUCCGUUCGCGGUGCUGGAGGGGGAGGAGCUAUGCCAGGUGGGCGGAGCCAUAGAGACCAGGUCGUACCUGCCUCAUCACACCACGAGGCCCAUGGGGACCAACGGAGGCCCCUACGGGUCCUACUACGUCCCUACAGCCGAGUACUACUCCAGUCUGGUUAAGGACCAGUCUCUGGAGAGCCAGGACAGCUCCACCCUCAGCAGCCCCCCCUCUGACGGGGUCCAGGGACCAGCAGGGUCCACGGCCCCCGACUCACUCUUCCAGUUCUCCAUCGGGAAGAUCCUGGAGGACGAGGGGGUGACGUACUCCGAGGGGGCCGAGAGAGGACCCUCAUCGCCUCGGCUCCACCCCCCCGACACAGACAACCCCCCAACAGACCAGAGACAGAUCAGGAGGGUCAUCAUGUCCGUCAACGAUAAGUGGCACUACUGCCACAACUCUGAGGUUCUGGUCGGUUCUCGGGCCAUGAGGGACCGACACCUGAGGCUGCUGGGAUACGUCAUCCUGCAGUUGCCGUACCACGAGCUGGAGAAGCUGAACGGCAUCGAGGAGGUGAAGCAGUACCUGAACAAGAAGCUGCUGGACGUCCCGCUAUGACUGUGUGUGUGCGUGCGCGUGUGUGUGUGUGUGUGUGUUUAACCCUCUGAUGAAUAACUGAUAUUUCAUCAAUGAGUCAUAAAACUGAAUCUGUUGGUCGAUGAUUUAAUGAACCAGUGAAUCGUCUUUAAUGUGCAGCUCAACUCCAACUCCCAUCAUGCUUUGCAGCUUUUUAAAGGACCAUCCAGCUGCUUUGACCGUUUUACAAAUCAUCAGUUUUCAGAUUGAAACCUUGAGUUUAGAAGAGAAGAAGAAGUUCAUGCGACUCUCCGUGUUCUUCUCCACGAUGUUUCAUUUUGACAGAAUAUGACGUUAAUGUACAAACAUCUUUCUUUGUUUCGGGUGUGGGGGGGGGUCCCUUUUUAUAGAGUUUGGUAACGAUGAAGAUGAAGAUGCAUGUGCUGGACUCUGGUUUUCGGGGUGUUUUAUUAAUCCAGAAGAUGAAGCUGGGAGGGCGGGUACCGUGGUAACAGGGUGAGCGUGCCAAAGGUCUGUGUGUGUGUGGGGGGGGGGGGGUCAGAGGUCAGAUUAUUUAUUAGUGUUUGAGGUUAAAGAAGCUUGUUUAUAUUCUAUAAAUCUAUUCAUUCAAAUGUC